ACAACCAAUAGUUCAAGGGUCAAUAGUUCAAGUCCUUGCUCUUCCGGCUGGUCUGAGUUUAACGGACGCUGCUUCCGCUUCUUUCCUGUACCGAUGAGUUGGGCUUCAGCUCAGAGAAACUGUGUGUCCUUGCAGGCCAGCCUUGCAUCCAUCCAUAAUAUUGAUGAGUAUCAUGAGAUUCAAAGGUUGAUAAAAGCUUCAACUAAUGAGCUUGUAAGAACCUGGAUUGGAGGCUCUGAUGCACAAGAGGAAGGCACCUGGUUGUGGAGUGAUGGAAGUCCAUUUCACUACACAAACUGGUGUGCUGGAGAGCCCAAUAAUGGUGCUACCGAUCCCAGAGGCGUUCAGCAAUGUUUACAAAUGAAUGAUAAACCUGAAAAAUGCUGGGAUGACUUGUGGUGUAACUUUGCUCUACCAUUUGUCUGCGCCAAGAAAAUCUGCCCCUGUGCUCGCUGAAAGGCCUGAUAAAAACCAAGCUGCAAAAGUAGCAGAAGUUACAAAUUAGCCACAGGAAAUAUUCUACUGUUUUGUCUAGAAGAC